AUGUUAGAUGCCCUUGAUACAGACUUUUUAUCUAACGUCUUGGUAUUUAAAAUAAAAGAAGCAGUUGCUUAAGUUCUUUAUGAGCAUAGAUCUGCAUCAAUAGAAGUUCUUAAUGAUUUAAAGGAGUCAGCAGAGGGUAAAGUAUAAUAGAUUAAUUAAAUGAAGAAAAAUUUUGUUGAAUUGAUAAACUAGAAGAGCACAACUUCAUACUAGAAAGAAACAUAAGCUCUCAUUUAGAAUUUAGAAAAUGAUAUAAGGAAGGAAAAUAUCGAAGAAAUUGAGAAAAAGAUAAGAAGUGUAAAAAAGAACUUUAAAAAGGUGGAUUAUAUGCUCUUUAAAAGAUAAAAAAAAUGA